AUGGAUGAAUACAAAGAUCCAAUUGAAGAUAAUCCAGAAAAAUCAUCAAAAAUAGCCUCUCCACAAGAAGGUGAUAUACAAUCUGAAGAAGCUUUUUAUAAAGCAUUAGAAACUUUAAAAAACAUUGACAAUUUUGAAGAUAAAUCGUGUUUAGAGUUUUUCGAGAAUUUAAAAUGUAUGAUUCUAGAUAAAGAUUUUCAUAUUGAUCCAUCAAUUUACGUUGAUUCUGACUUUCUCUCGAUAAUGUUACAAAUUUUGCUUGAUGGAGUUUUUGGCAUUCAUUCUAACGUAAUAGCAAUUAUUUGCGAGUUGUCAAAAUAUGACGAAGUAUUAGAAUUUCUCAAUAACCCAGAAUUUUUAAAUUAUUUUUAUGGUUUUGCAACAAAUGAUGAAAAUCCGUUAAUUGAUGUCAGAGAAAUGAUUCUAAUUCUAGAGAGAAUAAUUCCUUUAGUUACUGAAGAAGCUGAAAUUAUAGGUCUCCCAAUUGUUCAAUUUUGUAAACUUAAAUAUCCAAAUGAUGUAAUCCCAUAUUUUAUGCAAUUGAUUGUAUCACAUCCAGACACAGAGGCUUUUCCGCUGAUAAUUGAUUUUAUUAACACGUAUUGCACUUUAGAUUCGGAAGCAGUUCAUCUAUUAACAACUAUUUUAAAGAAUGUUUUAACAAGCAACCCAACACAAGUCUUUUACGUUGUUGAGGAAGGAGAUGAAGAUAAUUUUUUAUUAAAUCUCAUAAAUGCAACUUCUCGUGAUGACUAUGAGAGCUUAAAUAACAUAUUGUCAAUGUUUCACGAGCUAUUGACCCGUAAUUUCUAUGAAGUCGAAGGAUUAUUUUCAGCUAUUCUAGAUUCUGACAUUUUACAGACUGCAUUUGGAAUAUUUCUAGAAGAUGAAUGCGAUGAAGAAUAUAAAUAUGUUGCCGCAAGCUUUAUUGAACAUUGUAUGUAUAAUGAUCGAUUAAGAGAGUAUGUAAUCGAAAAUAUUGAUGAAGAUACUUUUAACAUUCUUCUAAAUGGUGUUCAUCAAUGUCCUCAUCAAAUGACUAGAUCUUUUAUCGCUUUAAUUUCAUUUUAUAUCCAAUAUCACCAGUUUCCAGCAGCUCAGUCAGCAGUAGAAAGUGGAAUACUCGAACUUAUUGAUGACUAUAUCGAAGUGAAUGUACAAAUAGCUAUUCCUUGCCUUAAUUCAAUUUUUAAAACUUAUAUUCGGCAGGGACUUGCUAAAGAGAUCGUUGACAUCAUUGAAAAUACGGAAAUUAUGCAGGAUUUGAAUGAUUAUACAAGUGAAAAUGAAAAGAAUGAAGAAGUAGUUGCAAAUUUUUUGGAUGAUUAUGAUAAACUCUGCAACGUUCUUGAGCAGAAUUGA